AUGGCAUUUCCCCUCACGCAGCGAAACGACGACGUCCCCAUCGACGUCGACACCGCCGCCGUCGCGCCCAUCCGCUACCUCUCCCUCGACCACGUCUACUCCGCCACCUCCCCCUGCGUCAGCGCCAGCGGCUCCUCCAACGUCAUGUCCAAGAAGGUCAAGGCUCGCAAGCUCAACCACUUCGAUUCCGACGACGUCUCCGAUCACCACCACCACCACAAGCCGCUUCCUCCUCCUCCUCCGCCGCCGCCGGAGCACAAGCCCGAGGUUGUCCUCGUCUAUUCGCGCCGCGAGAAGCGGCCGCGCCACUCGUUCUUCGACGCUCUGGUCGCUAGGGCACAGCCCAAGGCCGUCAAGGUUGAGGCGGUGGAUGAGGACGAGUAUGUGAGAUUGAAGAAGAAGAGGAAGGAGAGCAAGUUCGGGAGUAGCGAGCUAGUGAAAUUGGGGGUGGAUUCUAAUGUCUUGCUUGCACUGAGCGCUCCGCCGCGGUUGAGAGAGUGUCGCGUUAGCAAUCAGAAGCCUGAGAAAUCGAGCUCCAAGAAGCGUAAUUCUUCUGUCAAAGCCGAGAAAGUUCCACCUUCCGUGAAGCGAUGGGUCGGGUUGAGCUUCAGCGGAGUUGAUCCGAAAACCUUUAUUGGAUUACAAUGCAAGGUUUACUGGCCAUUGGAUGCUAAUUCAUAUAGCGGUCGCAUUGUGGGAUACAACUCCGACAGUAAUAAGCAUCAUGUUGAAUAUGAAGACGGUGACGAGGAAGAUUUGGUUAUUUCAAACGAGAAAGUCAAGUUUUAUAUUUCUCGGGAAGAAAUGGAGAGUUUGAAUUUGAGUUGCAGUCUCAAGAAUAUGGACAGUGAUGUGUAUGAUUAUAAUGAGAUGGUCGUAUUAGCAGCGAGUUUGGAUGACUGCCAGGAACUAGAGCCUGGGGAUAUCAUAUGGGCCAAGCUUACUGGCUAUGCUAUGUGGCCAGCAAUUGUUGUAGAUGAAUCACUUAUUGGUGACCGUGAAGGCUUAAGUAAAACUUCGGUAGGAGGAUCAGUUCCAGUUCAAUUCUUUGGUACCCAUGACUUUGCAAGGAUAAAAGUGAAGCAGGCUAUUUCAUUUCUCAAAGGACUUCUUUCAUCAUUCCAUUUGAAGUGCAGGAAGUCUCGAUUUCUUAAAAGCCUGGAAGAAGCGAAAAUGUAUCUCAGUGAACAAAAGCUUCCAAGAAGAAUGCUACGACUGCAAAAAGGAAUUAACAUUGAUGAUUGUGAAAGUGAAAGUGGUGAGGAUGAGAUGCGCACUGAUUCAGGAGAUGGAUGUCUGGAUGAUGUCAUGAUUCCAAGGUCGCUGGAUUUCCCUGGAACUUCUGUGUUAGUGAUGGGGGAUCUGCAGAUAAUAAGACUAGGAAGGAUUGUCAGGGACUCAAAAUUUUUUCAAGACGAGAGAGAUGUUUGGCCUGAAGGUUAUACUGCUGUAAGAAAGUUUUCUUCAGUAACAGAUCCAAGUAUAUGUACCUUGUAUAAGAUGGAGGUAUUGAGAGAUCCGGAAUCAAAAAUUCGACCUCUGUUCCAAGUCUCAUUAGACAAUGGAGAGCAGUUCAAGGGAUCGACACCAUCCGCUUGCUGGAAUAAAAUAUACAAAAGGAUAAGGAAAAUUCAAAAUAGUGCUCUUGAUGAUUCUAAUGCUAAUGCUGAAGAUGGAUUUGAGAAGAUCUAUAAAUCUGGCUCUGAGAUGUUUGGUUUCUCAGAACCUGAAGUUGCAAAACUUAUACAGGGGUUAUUAAAAUCCAGCCAUGCUUCAAAAGUAGACAAGUGCAAGUCAGCCUCUAGAAGACAUCGAGAUGUACCUGUUGGUUACAGGCCAGUUCGUGUUGACUGGAAAGACCUUGAUAAAUGCAGUGUUUGCCACAUGGAUGAGGAGUAUGAAAAUAACUUGUUCCUGCAGUGUGACAAAUGCAGAAUGAUGGUCCAUGCAAGAUGCUAUGGGGAGUUAGAACCUGUUGGUGGUGUUCUAUGGUUAUGCAACUUAUGCCGGCCUGGAGCUCCUGAACCUCCACCGCCUUGCUGCCUAUGUCCUGUAAUAGGGGGUGCAAUGAAGCCUACAACUGAUGGGCGCUGGGCUCAUCUGGCCUGUGCCAUAUGGAUACCAGAAACUUGCCUAUCUGAUAUCAAGAGAAUGGAACCUAUUGAUGGUUUGAGCAGAAUCAAUAAGGACCGUUGGAAGCUGUUAUGUAGUAUAUGUGGUGUUUCUUAUGGCGCCUGUAUUCAAUGUUCAAACCAUACUUGUUAUGCCGCAUAUCAUCCACUUUGUGCACGCGCUGCUGGUCUUUGUGUUGAGCUCGAGGAUGAAGAGAGACUGCAUCUUCUUUCAGUAGAUGAUGAUGAAGAAGGUCAAUGCAUUCGUUUCCUUUCCUUUUGCAAGAAGCAUAAGCAGCCAUCUAAUGACCGUUCAAUGGCUGGUGACCGCAUUGGUCGAACUGUGCGUCGAUGUUCAGACUACAGCCCACCAUCUAAUCCAUCUGGAUGUGCUCGUACUGAGCCCUACAAUUACUCUUGUAGAAGAGGGAGAAAAGAACCUGAAGCAAUAGCUGCUGCAUCCUUAAAGCGUUUGUUUGUUGAGAACCAACCUUACUUAGUUGGUGGGUACAGCCAACACCAAUUCUCUAGGCUUGAGAGGCUGAAAGCUUCUCAACUUGAUGCUCCUACCGAUAUACUUUCUAUGGCUGAGAAGUAUAAGUACAUGAGGGAUACUUUUCGGAAAAGACUAGCGUUUGGAAAAUCAGGAAUUCAUGGGUUUGGUAUAUUUGCGAAGCACCCACAUAGAGCGGGCGACAUGGUGAUUGAAUACACUGGUGAACUUGUCAGACCUCCUAUAGCUGACAGGAGAGAGCGAUUCAUAUAUAAUUCAUUGGUGGGGGCUGGGACUUAUAUGUUCCGGAUUGAUGAUGAACGAGUCAUUGAUGCCACACGGGCUGGAAGUGUUGCUCACCUGAUCAAUCAUUCUUGUGAGCCGAAUUGCUACUCAAGAGUCAUAAGUGUGAAUUCAGAUGAGCACAUAAUUAUUUUUGCAAAGAGAGACAUUAAAAGAUGGGAAGAACUUACAUAUGAUUACAGAUUCUUUUCAAUCGAUGAACAACUUGCAUGUUAUUGUGGUUUUCCGAGAUGCCGGGGGGUGGUUAACGAUGUGGAAGAGCGAGGGACAAAGCUUUAUGCGCCUCGCAGUGAAUUAAUAGAUUGGACAGGAGAAUAAUUAAGAAAAUUCUUGAUGUAAAAUAUGAUCCGGGGAGCUCCUUGGUAGCAGAUUGUUAUCGAUAGUAUUGCAGAGCUCUAGUUAUCUUGCUUUGACGUCAUGAGAAGCAAGUGACUCAGCUGUUUUUUUCAUCAAGCUGGUUCCUCUUCUUGUUCCGGGCGUGUAUAUGUUCAAGAUGUCGUUGAGGUUCAUAACAGAAUUUAAUUUCACUUUGCUGAAAAAGUAAGGUGCUUUUGUCAAUCCUAGCUCAUUUUGUAUUGAUCUGUAACUCACCAUUGGAUAGGGAUCAUGUUGUUCAUAUGAUCUAUAUAACUUUGUGAAAACAAUUCAAAUAUUAUCAAUGAAAAGUGAUUUUUAUAUC